UACCGGCGGUAAGAACGCGCUGGGCGGAGGCGGGCGGGCGAGCGCCUUGGUGACCCUUCCCCUACUUUCCAUCUUCUUCAGCUGGAGCAAGAGGUCUGUGCCCGGCGGGGGAACGCGCGUCCAACCCCUGGACCCAGGUCUAGGCCGGCAAGCGGACACUACGAAGGGGCGGGCGGCUCCCGGGGCAGCGCCGCCGUUCCGCGCUCCCGCCCCCGGGAGCCGGACGUGGCGCCUCCCCCGCGGCAGCCGGAGCCUGGAGGUGGGGUCGGGAGCCCGAGGCCGGGACUCUGAUGUCACCGCGCGGCCGCGGGCGCCCAGCAGCGCGUCUCGCGUUGGAGCUCAGGAAAGGCCGAGAAAUGCGCCAGCCAGGGGCCAUCCGCUCUCCCAGCGUCCCCGAGGCCUCGCUCUCCAGCCGCACUGCGUGACUCUGUCGCCCCCUGUGGCCGCCAGGCCUGCGCCUCUUUCCUCCCUGGAGCGCCUCGACUCAGCUUGAAGCCCCAGGCCCCAUAGAGCUGGCCAGCCUCUGCCCGCGUCCGCGCAGCCAUGGAGGCUCUGGGUCCUGGAGGCGACUGCGCCUCGCCGGCCUCGUCCACUCGCAGCCUGGACCUGCGGCGGCUGUCCGCGCGCGCCGACUCGGCCUACAGCUCUUUCUCCGCCGCCUCUGGCGGUCCUGAGCCGCGCACACCGUCGCCGGGGACCCACCAACUUCCCUACCUGGACUGGGACUACGUGCGCGUGGUGUGGGGCGGCCCGGCCCCCACCGCCGGGCUUCGCACCUCCCCGCAGCCCCGGCCGGCGGCCGCCGCACGCAGUGGGCCUCGUCCCCCCGAGAUCCGGGGGACCCCGGGGCCGCUCAGCCGCCAGACCACCCCGCUGCUGUACGCGCUGGCGGCCGAGGCGGAGGCCGCGGCGCGGGCAGCCGAGCCGCCCAGUCCGCCCGCGUCGCGGGCCGCCUACCGCCAGCGGCUGCAGGGCGCGCAGCGGCGAGUGCUCCGGGAGACGUCCUUCCAGCGCAAGGAGCUCCGCAUGAGCCUGCCCGCCCGUCUGCGGCCCGCGGCCCCCGCGCGGCCCUCCGCCGCGCACCCGCGCUCUGCCUUGCUCAGCCAACCCGGCGGGGAAGCGGAGCCGGCGCGCCCCGGGGCUCCCGCGCCGGUAACCGCCGGCAGGGGACGCCUCGCCAACCAGCAGCGGCAAUGGUGCUUCUCAGAGCCGGGAAAGCUGGAUCGCGUGGGUCGGGGCGGUGGGUUGACGGGGGAAUGCUCGGGGGAGGCCUGCUCCAGCUCUGGCCUCGCCAGGCCAGAGCCCCGGGAAUGGCAGCAGCGGACGCUGGCAGAGUUCGAAGGUCACCAGAUCAGAUGGCUGCUUGCGACCCAGCCCCGAAGCAUAGAGGACCCGAAACCCCGGUCCUUGAGGCUCAGCAAUGCCUAUAGGCCUGCUGGUCGGAGUCAGAGCGCUUCGGGGGAAGUCUUGUCCCCCUGGGGAAGUCCAGGAGGGGUCAUGCCCAUUGCCCAGGCUGUUCCCCAAGGAGCAGAAACCCCCAGACCAUUGUUUCAGACCAAACUUUCCAGAACCAGAAUCUUCCUUCCUGGUCCCUCUGGUCAGUGUGGGGUCCCUGCUUCCAGGUUCCUGACUCAGAAGGAAGUUGCAGUGGUGUGUUCUGCAGAGGGCCCCCAGAGCAGUCCCUCCGACUGGGAGCAUAGGGCCUCAGAGAACUGCAUUGUGUCUGCCCGGCUCCCAUCCCUUCCUGAUGAUGAAGUUUUCCUGGAAGAAGCCCCGCUGGUCAGAAUGAGAUCACCUGCAGACUCCCAUGCUCCCCUGGGGCUCCCAAACAGUGUCCAUGCCUCUGACCGGCAGUAUGGAGCUGGCUUGGGUCAGAGGGCUGACCAGGCUAUAAUCCCCUCAGAGCAGCCCCUCCAUGAGCAUCCAGAGACUGCAGGGGCGGAUGACUGUUGGCAGGGGGUAAACGGUUCUGUGAGUGUCUCCAGACCUACAAGCUGUAGUCCCCCUGGGACUGCAAAUGGUGACAUUGCAACCUUUGACCCCACUGGACUGCUGACCACUGAUCCCCCCACAGCUGCAGAGACUGACCCCCUCAAACCUCUCCCAUGUGAUGCCCUGAGACCUCCAGGCAAUGAUACCCCGGGGCCUUCUGACCACACUGCCCUGGCUUGGGGCACUGGCCAGACUGGUUCCAGGUCAACAUGGCCCAGUCCACGCCUCGAGGAGCUGGUUCAGGAGCUGGCCAGAUUGGAUCCCUCUCUGAGUGACACUCUCACCUCCUAUCCCAGCCCGGAGCCAUCCCUGGGCCUGCUGGAUGGGCUGAUUCCUUUAGCCGAGGUCUGGGCUGCAAUGAGGCCAGCCUGUGGAGAGGCUGGAGAGGAAGCAGCUGGUACUUCUGCGUCAAGCUCUUACCUACUUAACUCCACCCAGCGCCUGCCAGCUUCUCAGAAGGAGACAAGGCCUGAAAACCUUACCACCUACGCUGUGCCUGACGAGCCAUGCGGCCCGGGUCUCCCCGAGCCAAAUAACAGCAUCCAAGCCAAGAAAGUGGAGCUGGCGGACCUCCUUCAAAAGACGCUAAGGGAGCUUCAGGCCGAGCAGGAGCAGCUGCAGGGAGCGGCCCAGGCUUGGGCCAGGCGCGGGGCUGCCCUGGAGGCCGCGGUCGGCCAGGCCUGUGCACCCCACGAGCUCGAGCGGUUCAGCCGGUUCAUGGCCGACAUAGAGCGCGUGCUUGGCCUCCUGCUGCUGCUGGGCAGUCGCCUGGACCGCGUGCACCGCGCCCUGGCCCGGGCGGGCGCAGACGGCGACCCUGACGAGCAGGCCUCUCUGCUGCAGCGACUGGGGCUCCUGCAGCGGCAGCAGGAAGACGCCAAGGAGUUGAAGCAGCAUGUGGCACGGCGCGAGCGGGCCCUGCGCGAGGUGCUGGCGCGCGCACUUCCCGCCGACGAACUGCGCGCCUAUCGCGCCCUGUUGGUCGGCAAGGCCGCUGUCCUGGCCCAGCAGCGCAGCCUGGACGAGCGGGUCCGCCUCCUUCAGGACCAACUGGACACAGUCAGGACCGACCUUGGCCGUCGUCCUGCGACUCCCAGGCCGGCCUGGCCCCCAGGCACCCGUCCUCCGGAUAAACCGCCCUUCCCCCCUCCCCUCAUCUAGUUACAGGGGGCUGGGGGUGAGGAGCAUUGCCCCUGCCUCUCACCCACGUGAUUGAUUGGGAUGACGCUGGUUUAUUCGGUGCUUUUCCCUUGGGGUGGGGAAGACCCAGGCCCGGCCUUCCUGGGGUACUUUUUCCAAGUGUUCUCAUGUGGCCUUACCCAAGUCUUGUGGAUUAUUUGGUAAUUAACUUAUGAAUUUUAAAGUCUGCAGUAUUCCCCCUUUUCGGUCAGGGUUGGUUGGAGGGAGAGGAGACAAGUCAGAGGAGCACUUCAACUUAAGAUGCAAAAUGGCCAUUUUUUUUCCCUCUCAAUAAAAAAUUGAUGUGAGAA